UGCGGGUGCGCGUUUGCUUGCGUGUGGGAAGUGGAACAGGAAGCGGCGACAGCAGCGCGGGACGAUCUGGCUGAAUCCACGCGAAAACUUGAGCGAGACUGUGAGAGUGAUAGUGAAAGUGAAAGUGACAACCUCAGCCGGGUGGAAGGGCGUUUUGCUGCUGCAAUUGGUGGGGUGGAGUGGUGACUUGGCAUCGGCUUUACCGAUUUGACACGAUCGCGGGUCGUCGAUCAUUCGGACAGCUGAUCGCCUGUCUGUCUACGUGGAACAGCUUUGUACCCUCUUUUUGUCUUGUAGCGCCCCUGCACUCACAUUCCCUGAAUAAGUAAUCAGCGUCUGGCGCCAGCCAAAGCAAACGCGCAGACUGUGUUUGAAACCUCAACUAGCAUAGCAUUAUUUUUGCUAGUAUUAUUUACUCUACUACUACUACUUAUCCAGUAGCGUGUGCAAUAGUGAAUAGCCAAAUAGCCAAAAAGAAGUAGUGGACGCUUCACUGGGUCCGACGUCAGCCGCGCUCGGCUUCUCCUCUAUUCCCUCCUCCAACGCCAUCGGGGCUGUUCCAUACUCAUCUUCUCUUGCGCCUGGUUUCCUCACUCCCGCACAUAUCGUGUGGCUGACGUCGGCGCCAUCUCUACCUUUCUCCUCGAUCUCCAUCUCCUUACCGAAUUUGUAUCGUAUCCCCUCGCCCCUGACUUCUUUCGUCCUUUUAUCUGUCCAUUGGGUGACUGCAAAGCUUGUCUCUGCAAGUCGAUCUUCUUUGUGCACUUGCGCGGGCAUGACACGUGAUGGUCCGUGUGCGCGCGCGAUCCUCCUCUGGCGCGGUGGCGGGUUUUCUCACUCGGGAGUCCCUUGUGCUGUUUUAGGGAUUACUACCUGGGGCUGGGGCGCGGGCUGGAAGGAGAAGGAGGCGCAUGCCGUGGGAUGUGGUAGUAUCGUCCUGGAGCUGAUUGAUUGAUUGAUUGAUUGGUGUGCGUGGGCGGACGAGAUCGCACCGUUGGCGGCCUGCGGCAGGAGUUGACAGUGCAUUAUUCCACGUAACUCAUGCGUAGACUCGAUGCGGAAGGAGCAUGCGGGAGAAGGACGAGGUUUACACUGAGGGAACAGGUUGGCAGGAAAGCCGGGGACCGAACGCCUACUGGUUCCCUACUGGUUCCCUGAGAGGAGGAGAGGUUUGCGCUCGUGUCGACAAGGUGCUGGCGUGACCUUUCCACUCCCAAGAGAGCGGGAAGAGGUGAGGUUACCUGGGGGAAAGUGAAGAGGAAGGAGUGUAGUGUUGCGCUGGAACUAGCGGGUGGAAGAGGGAGGGAAGGAAGGGAGUGGCGGAAGUUGCGCUGAUUGACGACGACGGGGACGAGUUGGGGAGGGGGGGAAGGGAAGGACGACUUGGCUUCUAGGGAGGUUCGAGGGGUGUGGCGCGAUCAGGAAGGCCACGGGGUAGGAAAGAUUGCGUAGUUAGUAUCCGCGUGCGUAUGCUUGGGGUGAAGGUUUCAUGACGCAGGGUCAUCUAUGGUGGUGAGCAUGCUUUGGUGGGCAGUUUCUUCGCGCGUUGCCUGCUUCAAGGUGUAAGGAGAAUGCACUCAAGGAGUGUGUCCGGGCUCUUGCAUUGUCUUCUCGUGGUUCUUUUCUAUUCUUUUGCGGACGGUCGACCAUUUCAAGAUCGAAUUCUUGGAGAAUCAGAUUGGCCUUCACAGAUCCUCCCCUCGUUGGGUUUCCUAGCUCAGACCGGGACGUCGACAUUGUCUGAUCAAUCUGUGGAGAAUAUAUCAGGAUAUUAUAGAGGAACAUGGGAGCCAAGGGAUGGCAACGUAUCAGGAACGUCUCAAUAUGUGGCACCCAAGGAGUUCACCAUCUUCUUGCGCAGUACUUUGAGCAGGCGGCCGGAGCUCCAUAUUGUCAGGGGCUUUGUCACUUUCAAGGGUUUGUUCGGCAGCGAGGAUACCCCGAUGAGACUUGAUGGGGUGUAUGUUGCAACUCGCAAGUACCAUGGUCUGAGGGCCAUUCUUCACAGCUACACCGGUGAUGAUGUGGAGGGUAUUGGGCCAGCUGGGUAUCGCCUGCCGUUGGAUGGAGGUCUUGAAACAGACGGCAGGAACUCUGCGGAAGGUAGCACGGAGGAGGCUGCUGAAGACUGCAAAAUCCACAUGGAGCUGCAGGUCCACAUUGAUAUUCCAUUCCAAGCAAAGGCCCUCCAUGGGCGGGUGUAUACAAAGAAGUCUGAAGAUUCCCAGGAGUGUUUCAAGCCACUUUUUCUAAAUGCCACAAGUGAUAAUCAGGGCCUGUACAACAAGGCUGUGAAUUAUACUCUUCUUGUCACCUUUAUAUCUUUCCUGCAGGUGCUUUUCUUGAUUAGGCAGAUGGAGCACAGCAAUAGUCAAUCGGGUGCAGCAAAGGUCUCGUUAUGGAUGAUUGGCCAGCAGGCGAUCAUGGAUGCAUACCUCUGCCUUGGGCACCUGACAGCUGGCAUUGUUGUAGAAAAUCUUUUCAAUGCAUUUGCUACAGCGGCAUUCUUCAAAUUUGUCAUCUUUUCAAUAUUUGAAAUGAGGUACCUUCUGGCAAUUUGGAGAGCUCGGAGACCUGGGACUUUUGGAGAGGGAUGGGAGACGGUGCGUCGGGAGAUUUCUAUCCUCUAUUCCAGAUUCUAUGGGUUCUUGCUUGGGGGCAUUCUUUUGAUGUACCAGUUCAGCUGGCUGUUGUGGUACAUCUUGCUGCUCUUCUAUUCUUUCUGGAUUCCACAGAUUGUGAGCAAUGCCGUCAGGGACUCGAGGAAGCCACUCCAUCCGCACUAUAUUUUGGGAAUCAGCAUUACAAGAUUAGCUAUUCCCCUCUUUAUGCUUAUUCAAGCAGCCCUCCUACUCCUCCAACACUAUUUUGGGUCGCGGUGCUUCAUACCACGACAGUGCCUGCCUGAACGAUACAGUUACUUCAGAAGCGUUGAUCGAAGCACUAUUCAAGGUGUAGGCGCCGAGGAUGGGUGUGGAAUAGACUGUGUCAUCUGCAUGGCUCCUGUGGAGAUGUCCCAAAGGCGGUCUCAACGUGAGCGAAUGGUGACUCCUUGUGACCACGUCUUCCAUGCAAACUGUUUACAGCGUUGGAUGGAUGUCAAGAUGGAAUGCCCAACUUGCCGGAGGCCCUUGCCCCCAAUAUAGUUUCAGCGAGGAGAGAUUAUAUUCUGUCUGGAGGUAUUAUGUUAGUGUAUAUGCAUCUGCUGCUUGUCUGCAUGGCUGCGCACCUGUCUGUCUGCUUUUCUGCCUCGCCGCCUGCUUGCUUCUUAAACCGCCAGUUCACAUGGAGCCUAAGUUGAAGAAGCUAACCUUCCUAGGCUCACAAGCCUGCAACUACGCCUUCUCAAAGUGGCUUACUCUGCUUUGGCUGAACUAGCCGUUUGAGGUGAUGUCAAGCAGGUGGGACUGGGACUGGGACUGGGUUUCCAGCCUGUGAUGGGACGCAGGAACAGAGGCGGUUUAGAAAGGUACAACGCUGGAGGACUGGGUAAACAGGUAAGAGCCCUACUCUGCGUGCUUGGGGUGAACUGGUGGUUUAAGGGGAUGUCAAGCAGGCGGGUAUCGACUGCCCGCCUGUAAUGGAUUCCAGGAACUGGGAGGGUUUAGGGAGGUAAAAGCCUUGAGGAGCUAAAAAGAGUGUUGUCGUGUACAGGCUCGUAACGGUGGCACUCUGCGUGCUUGGGGUGAACUGGCGGUUUAAGGUGAUGUCAAGCAGGCGGGAUCCGAUUGCCCGCCUGUAAUGGAUUGCAGGAACUGGAAGGGUUUAGGGAGGUAAAAGCCUCGAGGAGCUAAAAAGAGUGUUGUCGUACAGGCUCGUAAAGGUGGUAGCCACUGGGAUAGCAGCAGUCGGAUACUCGUGGGAAUUUAUGUUGGGGGGAAAAGUUGAAGGACAGUUUGUAGGAGGUAGAGAGAAGUGGCUGUGGGGAAAGGUGGGGAGAGGGAAGAGGAGUGGCAAUAGUUCGGUGGGUGGUUAGGUGGGGGUGAAGGGGCUGCUGGUACACAUGCGAACAGGGUUUCAAUUGAUUGUCGAGAAAGUGUCCAGGUGACUUGUGUCCUAUGAAGAUGCGUAUGUAUUCUUCGAGACCCUGUGCAGCUGUUGCCGAGUCUAGGUCUGUUUCUUACCUUAUCGUUCUACAGACCGAUAUUCAUGAUAUUAUAUUCUCUUUUCCUUGCUGUAUCCGUCGCUUCAAUAUACCCUGAUCAGUCUCUUUGCUGAUUUAUGGACAGACUCGUUGCAUGAUUUUGGUUGCAACGGCUGGUUGUGUAGCAUCUUGGUUUCCUUUCCUCCACUUUGUUUCCUCUCUGUUUCCUCCACUCGUUGCAUGAUUUCGGUAUAGGAGCGUUGGCGCUCAUCAAGCGCAUUGUAUUGAUACCAGUUUGUAGUGAAUUUGUUUGUUUGGACUUUAGGGUCUGCCUUUAGAGGAAUCGGCACCUAUGGAGGAAGCAGCAGCUGUUGAUGGGUUCGGAGCUACAUGAUUAUGGAUUAUGAAUUUGUCCAUUGAUUGAAGCCAGAUGUUUUCCCAUGGUGGUAAGUUCAAAUUCUUUCACCAGGCACAGAUGAUUCAUUCUAAUUUCUAAAAGAGUUGUAAAAAGACUGAGGGGAACCGUAAUUUAGUAUUUGUUUGGUUGCCAACUGUCAUUUACCCUAGUGGCAAAUGCCGCAAGUCUCAGAUCCAUUACCCAUCUCCUAGAAGACUCUUUGCACCCAAGACCUGUCACGAACGCCCUGUCACGAAAGCCAUCAUGGUUAUCUCAUUAUAGUUACUCUGUUACAUUUCGCUUAAUCAUGCGAACGAUUGCCAAAUAUAAUAUGGUUGGCAAUUUAAGUAGGUAUGGCGAGGUUGGGAAAUGAGUCCCAAGGUGAUCCCUCAUAUUUACAUACAUCCAUAAUGUGACAGCACACUUUCAUCCUCCUCACUUCCGAACGGCUCCUGAGGAUCCAUGUCAAGGAGUCUUGUAAUGCCAGGGUGGUUUUGCAAUUGUCAACCAAAAUGGUUCGGGAAGGGACAGUUUUAAAUUGAACGGGACAGGAUAGAGAGGGUGUCUCGGUCAGUUUCUUUUGAAUCACGUCAUCGACGAGUAUGGGGCGUAGCAGUCUCUCCGUUUCACUGUUUUAAAAAGCAACAAUGUAGGCAGGAUUUUUGGUUUGGGUUUAAAUUUUGACACCUGUCCGUGGUAUGGUGCCCCCUUAACUGCCCAUCGCCACUCCUUCCCUGUCCCCUUGUUGUCUCAUCGAAGAAAGAAAAGAGAAGACGUGCGUCUAAUGUUCUAAUAAGCAUGUGAGAGGGACAUCUAAUAAAAUUGUAAUGAUGCA